GCGACGAGUAGCCCGACCUGAAACAAGGUGAUGCAAUGUGCGCCUGUGCGACGACAGACGAGCGCAAUCCUCUGUUCAGCAUGUAGCGCACUCGUGCCGGCACACCCGUCCCUGCUCGCUCGCCGAAUAUGGCACGCACGCUCAGAUCAGCGGACUCGAGCGAGCUCCUCUGCGACAACUGCCUUUCCGGCAGGCGUGCGGAUCUCUCGCAAUAGCUCUGCCCAUCUGAGCGGAGCAAUCAGACGAUCUGAAGCGGCUCUGCUCACGCCGGGCACGCGUGCGCUCAUCGAACAAGGCUACAUUGCCCAAUCUGCUUCGGGACUAUGGACCCUGCUCACGCCGGCGCUGCGUAUACUGCAAAAGAUCGAGAGGAUCAUCGACGAGGAAAUGAUUGCGCUGGGCGCAGAUAAAGUGGCCAUGCCGGCAUUGCUCAAGCAGAGCCUGUGGCAACGUAGCGGGCGGUACAAGCCAGGUGCAACCAAUCGAGAACUCUUGCAAGUACAUGAUAGGAAGGGACAGCAUUGGAUACUCGGGCCAACGCACGAGGAAGAGAUCACCGAGCUCGUAGGCCAACGAACGCUGACGCACAAGUCGCUCCCCUUGCGAUACUAUCAGAUAGGCCGCAAGUAUCGUGAUGAGGCUCGUCCACGGGGCGGACUACUGCGCAGCAAGGAAUUCGUCAUGAAGGAUCUGUAUAGCUUUGACAGCUCGGUCGAAAGCGCGACCAUCACAUACGAAGCCGUGCUCGGAGCUUACAAACGUAUCUUUGAUCGACUCGAUCUGACACGGCACGGUAUCGUCAUGGCUCGAGCAGACAGCGGCGAGAUUGGCGGCUCGCUCUCUCACGAGUGGCAUCUCUUGCAUGCGUCAGGCGAGGACGAUGUCCAGCUGUGCUCGGCGUGUCAGUACGCUGCCAAUGUCGAGUUCGGUGACAAAGAUGCAGGACAGAGCGAGUGCCCCUCUUGCGGUUCAGGUCGUCUUACAACCGAACGGGCCAUCGAAGUCGGACAUACGUUCUUCCUGGGCACACGAUACUCUGAGCCGCUCGGUCUGAAAUUUCACGAUGCCGACAACACACAGAAGCACGUCCAGAUGGGUUGCUACGGCAUCGGUACGACGCGGUUGCUCGGCGUCAUGGCAGAAUUGUACCUCAAGGAUCAGCGGUUCGUCUGGCCAAAGCACCUUGCACCCUUCUCGCUAGCAGUGCUACCCGUCAAUAACGAGCUCGACGAUUUGACGGCCACACUUCUGCAUCGAUACCAUGCACUGGGGCAGGGCAGGGUAGACAAGAAUGAUAUUGUCGUCAACAGAGACUAUCAGACCGAUCUGCGAAAGCGGACUGCUCAAACGGCAGUGCUGGGCUCGCCGACUACGCUCAUAGUGCGCGACUGCGAUGCCGAUCGACUGGAUAUGAGUGUCGUACGGAGCGAUGGCGUCGUAGAGGUGCGAGCUCGCUCCGCGAACGAGAUCGACGCUGCACUGCUCGACCUGGUCAAUGCAGUCUAG